UGUAAGUUAAAAAUUUCUAAAUAGCAUGCAAAGUAAUCUUAGCGAAAUAAAAAAAUAUUAACAAUAGAGAGAGGAAAGAUUUCAUUAAAGUUUGUUUAAAGAUCAAAUCUAAAAUAUUGAUUCAACUAUUCAAGAUGAUUCGAAUAAUCCUGAUUUUGUUAAGGUUAUUGUCAUUUGUACUUUCACUAAUGAAGUAACAAUUUAAAUUAAUUUAAUAGACAAUUGCAACUAAAGAAAAGAUAAUAUGCUCUGAUAAUGAUGUUUAAAUUAUAGAAAAGGAUGACGUAGUUGGUAAAGAAUCAAAAUUAAAAAAAUAGAAUAAUAAGACCUUUCUGAAUGUGCAAAAAAAGAAAUUGUAACAUAUAUAGAAAGGUCAUUUAUUGAAUGUUGUAAAUUGCUAAAGUCCAAUUAUAUUGAGAAAUUUGAUGUGAUAAAAGUAUAUUUCAAUUAUAAAGAAUUUAGUUACCUAUCUGUUCAGCUAAUGGAAUACGUAUUCCAAAUGAAUAUGAUAUUAGAUAGUUUAUAAAAUUGUCUAAAAUCAAAAAUAAUAAUGAAGAAUUCAAUAAAUCACUUCGCUCUAUGGAUACUAAACAUUUAUUUGGUUUACUUAUAAGCAGUUUAAUAUUCUAAGUAUUGAUUUCAUUUAUUAUUUUGAGGAUAGUCAAAUUGAAGAAGCCCUUUUUGAAUUACUCUUUUAAAAUAUCAAUUUGGAAAAUGCUAUUAAAUUGUUACUUAUCACUGUAUAAUAUGAAUCAAAAAAAUAACAUUAUUUUUAUAAGUAUCAUUUGUAUUCAUCAUAUAGACUUAUUAAGCAUUUAUACUAUUUUAGCAAAGGGUUAUUGAAGGAAACCUAUGAUAAUUAUUUACAAAAAAUAGUUUAAAAUGGAAUGAAACCAAAACAAUUGUAAGUUGAAAAACCCAAUUUUAUAAAAUUAAUAACUUAAUUGCACAUUUUUAAAAUUAACUCAACUAUCCUUUAUCCUCUUUUUAAAUAAUAAGAAUCAUAUCUAUUUUAAUAUUACAAACCCAUUAUUGAAAAAAAAUCAUUUACUGUACAUAGAAAUUUGGAUUGUCAAGAGGGAAGAGAGUAAUCAGAUUUUCCUCAUAUUUACUAUCUUAAGAAUAAUGAAAAUUAAACUAUUUUAGUAGCAGUUUAAUAUGAGAUUUCUGGAGAUAUUCUUAUUUUCUAAGAAUACCAAGAAAAAUUCAUAAAAUAUAAUGAUAAUUACUUAGGACUCAUUGAAUUUAAGAAUUAAGGCAAAGAAUUUAUUGUUUUUGAUGAUGGUUAUCCAGAAUACAUGGAAAAUAGCUUUCCUUAAUGGAUUGGAAGGAAAAAAAGAAAAAUGUUAAUUUUUGAUUAUUUUUCAGAUAAAAGAUAUGACAAACCAAGAUUAUUUGAUGUGAAAUGCUACAACAUCAAUACAAAUUAAUAUGAUGGUAAUAAUUUUGUUUUAUUUUUUAUUAGAGAUCAUUACUUAAGAACCACACUAUGAUGACUAGAAGGGUUCUUUUAUAUUGAAAUUAAAAGAUAUUGCAUUAAUUCCAUCAACCAGAAAUUUCGUAUUACAUAAAAAGGGAGAUAAUAUCAAAGAAUAGCAAAUCUAUCUAUGUCAUGGAAAAUAAAAUAGACAUACAUUUCACUUAGAAUUACAUGAAGGAAUUAGUGUAUUUUAAGGAUUCUGUAUUUCUGUUGUAUCAAUUUGUUCAAAGGGCCUUCGUUAAUGA